AAUUGCCAGUCGUGUUUGGUCAUUCCUUGUAAGCAGGUUGGGAUGACUCUACUAUGGAGGACUGUAUGGUUAGUCAGCAUGUACUUCUGGACAUCAAGGACAGACAUGAAUACUCUGCCUAAAAAACAAGAGGCAAUCCACUUUCCUAAAUCAAGGGCUUUAGCCAUAGAUGAUAAACAGGAUAUUGGUAGUUACUUUCCUGUUACGUAUCAGCAACAAUACCCAUCUGGUCCUUACCCCCCUCCACCACCAACAUACGGCCCACCACCACCCACACCUCCAAUACCUAACGGGAUGGUCCGGAUUGAGUUUGCCUUUGAUGAGAUUGUUCUUAGAUGCAUUACAGAGGAGCCGUUUGAGCACAUAGUGUGGACCAAGCACCAGUGUCCUCAGCAGCUGUUGUUUGGUGCUGAAGGUGUUCAUAUAGCAGACGGUUCUACUGUACACCAGGAGGAUCUCUACGAUGUCCAUAUCCGAGCACAUGAUGGCACUGUCAUCUCAGAACUACUCAUCAAACACCCUAUAACAGACAAUAGUGAUGGAAUCUAUCAGUGUGAGGUUUGGCCUCACAUCCAUAGUGGUGGAGGAUACUACCCUUUCAACCCUUACCAGAAUUAUAACCCUCCGAAGUCAGAAGUGUUCAUUAUCGGAGGGAAUUCUUUACUAGAAGAAUGUUACCGUGUCAGUAACUUUGGAUCAUCAGCUAACAACAGACCAACCAAUAGACCAAACAAUAGUGUUGGCAGCAAGCAAAACUCCAACAAUGAAAAACCCAAGUUCAAGGAUAAUUUAUUUUCUUUGAAACCGAGGCGUAACACUACAGAAAAUAAAAAAGACAGCAAUUCUAAACAGUUGCGGUACAAUCUUACAUAUGUUAAUAAUUCUCUUUAUAAUGUUGAAGGUGCAAAUGUCACAGCUGACUUUUUUCGUCCCAGCAAAAACAUUCCCGACAACCUAAUCGACCUUCACAGAAACACAUCUGCAUUCCCAACAAGAUUAAAGGACUCUUAUACCUCUUAUGAUCCGGACAAUUACUUUGGUAGGAAUAAUGAUAAAUACAGAGAAAUAUUCUCAAACUUUGAUGCAAGGCAAGGUAAAGACGUUUCUGUAUUUUCCAACACCUCCAGUCGAGAUACAUUAAAAAAGGUAUUGUGAUUUAUUGUAAAAGGUAUUGUGAUUUAUUGUUAUCAAAGGAUAUUUAUUGACUGUUAAGUUGU